AUGUCCAACUCCAAAGAAGACAGAAACAAGAAGAGGACUCUGGUUCUGAGGCCCUCCUCUCGGGCGGCGAACGUCUCCGUGUCCGGCCAUCAUGGAGUGAACCUGAGCUCCAGACUCACCAGCAGCAGGAGGAGCCUCAGUCUGGGAGGAGGCAGCAAAAUCCUGGAGAAGAGCCACGUCCAGACUCCCAGACAAACUGUCCGGGUGUUUGAUGAAGAUGGGAACGACGUCACUCCUCAGCCGCUGUAUCAGGCAGAUCCAGGAGCAACUCAGGCCAAAGGCAGCAGGUUCUUUGUGGAUGAAAUCUCUGCUGGAUCAGCAUCAGAUCAGACCACAGCCACAGGAAGCUUCACCAUGCAGUUUGCCAGAUCAGUAUUUGGAAGCAGCAGAAUAUCCAGCCAGUCUACCAUAGAAUCAGUGAAUGAGGAGAUGGAGGACACAUUUUCCAAACGAGACCUGCCCAUCCCAGACGUGAAGCUGAAAAAAGACACAGUGAAAGAACAGGUGACAGAAGAUAUGUUGAAAGAGAUCGUAGACGUCGUCCUCACUGAGACAGACACCAUCUCACUGCUGGACAUACCCAGCACCUUGGUCUCAGUGGAUGCUGAUGACGCAGAUGCUGUCAUAGAGCGAAACAAUCAGUAUGCUGAGCUUUGCAGGAACAAGAUGGGUAACGAUAAGUAUGUCGAUCGAUCGAUGCUGACACUCAACGGAGCAGCUAAAAACAAACAUGUCCAGACUGACAGCGUGGUCAUGGUGGAUGCAGCUGCGACUGUUACCACCUGGGACAUGUAUGACACCCUGUGCAGCCCUGAGCAGGAAGAAACAGUUGGGAGACCCCAACCAGAGAUGUCAGAUUACCAAGAAGCUGUUAUGGACUCCAGCAGAGCUGCAGAGAGGAGUGUGUCGGUGGGCAGCACAGUCAGUACAGUCAGUGCUUCCAGCUCAGUAAGAGACGUGGAUGCAUCUGGAAGCACUUCAAACACUGAGUCGGAGUGGCAGCUCAUCAUGCUGUCAGAGAGCUUCCAGCACAGCUUACUGGUGAUGGAGAGGUGCAUCUUGCGAAACAACUUCCAACGUCAGCUGGCUGCUUACAGACAGCUGCCUGUACUAGAAGACCCAGACUGUCCAGUGAAGCCUGAGACUGUGGAGCAGAGAGAGGAGAAUACAGACGACUCUCAGUCUCCAGCCCUGCAGUGUCUCUGGGCUUUCAGCUGUGAGCUGAGCAGAGGACGUAGCAUCAGCAGCUUGGCCUGGAACAAGAAGAACCCGGACAUCCUGGCUGUGGGAUAUGGUCAGUUUGACUCCGGGGACCAGAAACAAGGUCUGGUGUGUUGCUGGUCCAUCAAAAACCCCACGUGGCCUGAACGUUUCAUCCACUGUGACAGCGCUGUGACUGCUCUGGAUUUCUCAGCCAACAGCCCCAGUCAGCUGGCUGUGGGGAUGCAUGAUGGCAGCAUAGCCAUCUAUGACCUGCAGAAUCAAGACAGCAAGUCAAGUGUCAUCAGCAGCCGUCAAUGUCCCGACAAACACUUGGGUCCAGUGUUUCAGCUCAGGUGGAUCCAACAGGAGCUGAGCUUAGAAUCUCUCUUCUCUGUGGGUGCGGAUGGCAGAAUCUGCAAGUGGUUUGCCUUCAGCGGUGGCCUUGACUGCACAGACCUGAUGAGGCUGAAAAGUGCUAAUAAGAAAGGGAAGACCAAAGAAGAUUAUCUGUCACUACUGAGUCCUGGUCUCUGUUUUGACUUCCAUCCAAUAGACCCCAGAAUCUACCUGACGGGUACAUGGGAGGGUCUCAUCCACAAGUGUUCCUGUUCCAACAACCAGCAGUUUCUGGAGACUUACAAGAAACACUUUUGUUCUGUAAACUGCAUCACAUGGAAUCCUCUCAGUCCUGAUGUGUUCCUGAGCUGCUCCGCUGACUGGACCAUCCAGCUGUGGAAGCAGGACCAGCUGAAGCCGGUGUUGGGCUUCACCUCCACCCAGCAGGCCGUGCACGAUGUCAAAUGGUCCCCAAAGUGGGCCACGGUUUUCGGAGUUGUUAAUGAGGGACAGCUGGAGAUCUGGGACCUCAAUUCAAGCAUUGAGGAACCAGUUAUUGUGCAGCCUGCUGCCCCUGGAGUGACGAUGACAUCCCUGCUGUUUGCCAGACAGACAGACUGUGUUGUAGUUGGAGACAGUGAUGGACAAGUGACCGUCUACCAGGUCAAGAACCUCAGCGUGGGAGUAAGCAGCCAGGUGGGUGUUCUGCAAGACCUCCUGCGCUCUGCAGCUUCCAGAUAACUUUAAGAAACAGACAGAUGUAUACCUAAUCCAUUUGCGUCUGUGCUUGUAAGAGACUUAUCCGUAUGAAGAAGUUAAAGUACAUGUGUAAGUCGCAUGUAUAACUGCCAUGCAGAAACUAAUGACAGGAGUAUGACAGCAGAGAUUACUGACAUAUAUCCAAUGUAUGCAUGACAAAAGUGUCAAUCACAAUCUCAUAAUUUCUUAGCCUUUUAUUCUUCAGUUCAAAAACAAUCUCUGUGGCAACAACCAUCUUAUCAAAUUACAAAUGAUUAGAUAGCACUUUCCCAAAAA